GGCGUGUCUUGAAGGAGGGAACAGAUUUCAUAACGUUACAUGUAUAAAUAACAGCUUGCAGACGCACAUGUGCAUACUUCCUCGAGCUACAACAUGUUUUGUCUGACGGGGGUAAUUGUGCUGCUCAUUGCAGUGACAGUAGACGGGAGAGUUGGGGACUCCUCUAGUGAAUCCAGUUACUGCACGGAGACAAAAGAGUGCUUUCUGUUUGACGUGGUCUGUGAAGGAGAUGGUUAUGAGGUAAGACACUAUGAGGCUGCUAAGUGGGUGAGCACAGAAGUUGAAUCCUAUUUCAUGGAAAUUGCAACUCCAAAGGCCUUCAGGAAGCUUUAUAAAUACAUCACCGGAGAAAAUGAGGCCGGUGCAAAGAUUGACAUGACUGCACCGGUCCUCAUUAAAGUCAAUGAUAGCGCAAGCUUGUGGCAGUCAUCCGUCUAUGGCCUCAGCUUCCUCCUUCCCUCCAAACACCAGGCCAAUCCACCCAAACCUACUGAUCCCUCUGUGUAUUUAACAAACACUCCAGAUAUGAAAGUAUACGUCAAGAGCUACGGGGGCUGGAUGUUUUCACCUGUGGUCACAUCACAGACCGAUAGUCUGAAGACGGCGCUGAAUAAUGUGCAAGCGACUUAUGAGACAGACUACCACUAUAAUGUCGGCUAUAACAGCCCAUUGAAGAUUGUGAACCGACACAAUGAGGCAUGGUUUAUUGUUAAGGGUGAGCCUGUGUGCCCGAAGAGUAAAUAGUUUCUCUGAGCUUCCUCUCUAAAGUGUCUUCUAAAAGAGGUCACUGAGCGCAGAACUGCAUUACUCCUGUAGUCAUAGCAUGCAAAAUUUUUUUUUUUACUGCGUAUAGGAUACAUACUCCGCACUGUAUAUUAUACCAUUAGAACAUAUACUGUAAAAGGGUUUGCUUUGGUUUAAUAGAUAACAUACCAAAAAACAGGCAACCUUCAAAAAAAAAUUAAAAAAUAAAUACUCCAAGGUAUAAUAUUUGGUCUAUAAGCAUGUUAUAAACAUUUGUUUAAAAAAAUAAAAUAAAAAAAAAUAUUGUAA